AUGUUUUCUCAGAUCCUGGCUUCUUUUGUCUUUUCCCUUUCAAUCUCUCACUUGCUCUAUCUAUCUAUCUAUCUAUCUAUCUAUCUAUCUAUCUAUCUAUCUAUCUAUAUAUAUAUAUAUAUAUAUAUAUAUAUAUAUGCGAAUUCUAGAUUCGUUUCUAUCUAUCUAUCUAUCUAUAUUCUAUCUAUCUAUCUAUCUAUAUAUCUAUCUAUCUAUCUAUCUAUCUAUCUAACCACAGAGGAAUAUUCCUUUUUCAAUGACAUGUUUUCUAAGAUACUAGGAUCUUUUGUCUUUCCCUCUCACACUCUCACUCGAUCUAUCUAUCUAUCUAUCUAUCUAUCUAUCUAUCUAUCUAUCUAUCUAUCUAUCUAUCUAUCUAUCUCUACAUUCCUUUCUCUUUACCCUCUUACACUCUCACUUGAUCUAUCUAUCUAUCUAUCUAUCGAGGAUUAA